UUGAAAUCCAGCAUUAUCUUUUUGAAAUUGCAUUUUUGGUUUGUGAAAUUGCUUGUUACUUAUUUGAAAUCACAUUUUUGCUUUUUGAAAUUCGAUCUUAUCUUUUUGAAUUCCAACUUUUUGUUUGUGAAUUUGGACUUUUGACUUUUGAAUUCGUAAUUUAGGUUUGUGAAUUUGGAAUUCAGCUUGGUGAAUUUGGAAUUCAGCUUUGUGAAUUUGGACUUCAUCUUUGUGAAUUCGGACGAAAAAAGGUGUAGUAGUUACUGCGCAUGGGCUCGUCUGCUAAUCUCGUCUGCUUUUUAGACACUCCCGUAAUUCUUCCAUCCUUGGAAUCGCCUUGGGAAUCGCUGCCGCUUGACUGUCAACAACAAAAGCGCGGGCGUCGAGGUCGUGGUCUCCGGAGGCCGACUUCCAUAGGUACGGAGGAAGCUAGUUCAAGGCCGCCGCCAUGGCCGAGUCGCCGCGCCUGCCGGACGGCCGGCUGGACCUGAGCCGGCCGCGCUGGGACCAGAGCACAUUCGCCGGCCGGCUGCGCCACUUCUUCAGCAUCACCUCGCCGCUGCUGGCACUGCACGGCGCCGCCGACGUGGAGGCUGCCCGCCGCCUGGUGGAGCAGUACCGCGCCGGCGCCGAGCCUCCCGACACCACCGAGCAGCAGGUGUGGCGCGCCAAGGCGCUCUGCGACUCGGCACUUCACCCGGACACCGGGCAGCUGCAGAACGUGGUGGGACGCAUGUCGUUCCAGGUACCCGGCGGCAUGGUGCUGAUCGGCGGCAUGGUCACCUUCUACCGCAGCACCGCCGCCGUCGUCUUCUGGCAGUGGGCCAACCAGUCCUUCAACGCGUUCGUCAACUUCACCAACCGCAACGCCAAGAGCCCGCUGUCGACCACCCAGCUGGGCGUGGCCUACGUGUCGGCCACCUCGUGCGCGCUGGUCACGGCCCUGGGCCUGAAGCGGGUGCUGGCGUCGCGCGCCUCGCCGCUGGCGCAGCGGUUCGUGCCGCUGGCGGCCGUGGUGGCGUCCAACUGUAUCAACGUGCCGCUGAUGCGCCAGGGCGAGCUGCUGGGCGGCGUGCCCGUGCGCGACGCGGCCGGCCGCGAGGCGUGCGUGUCGCGUGUCGCCGCCGCCAAGGGCAUCUCCCAGGUGCUGGUGAGCAGGAACGUGAUUGUGGCGCCGAGCAUGCUGCUGCUGCCGGUGCUGAUGUCGCGGCUGGACCGUGUGGCCUGGUACGCCGGCCGGCGCCGGCUGCACGCGCCCGUGCAGACGCUGCUCUCCGGCGCCGUGCUGCUGCUCAUGGUGCCGGUCGGCUGCGCCAUCUUCCCGCAGACUUGUCGCAUCUCGCCGGAGACACUGCGCCGCCUGGAGCCGGCCAGCUACGAGGAGCUGCGCCGUCGCUACGGCCAACAGCCGCUGCCGGACGCGCUCUACUUCAACAAGGGACUGUAGACGGCCGGACGUGCUGCAAUGGACCCACUGGCCACUGCUCACCGCCGAGGGGCAUACAGAACGAUAGGCUGGAUCAUUGGAUUUUCAUUGGAUGAAGUUACAUUCCUCUGAAAUGCAUUCGAAUUUAUGUAGAUUUGUCGGUGAAAUUAAAAUCAAUCAAGUCAGGUUUGGUUAAGUCGACUAAUUGAAUAUGUAGCUAGUUAGGUACGCAUUGGUUUGAUAUGGAUGAGGAAAUAGUAACAGGUCAGCUCAAACAUGCUGUGAUUAACUACUUAAAGGUGCAAUUUUACCGGGUUUACCAUAUUCAUACAUAUGCAUUAUGCACCGAAGUAAUAAUACGGCACAUCAUAAUUCUCCAUCUAAACGAAAAGUGAAAAGCAUUGCUGUUUGAAUCGAAUCGUGACUUAUAAACUACGUGAAACAAUCAUUGUCAUUUCAAAACUCUAAUAUUUGUUCUUGCUAUGCGUCUUUGAGUAUGACGCUGGUUAAUGUUAUAGGGCCUUGAUUCGUGAAUGGGUAAUCAAAAUACUCGUUUUGACACAUUGCAUUCAAUUGUUUGCAGUAAUCCGUAGCUAUGCAUUGGAUGAUGUUUAUGAAUAAUCAGGUGCGCGCAUCUUGCCAAGGCUAUGAGAAAAGGGUGGUUGUUUUAGCGUCAUUCUUCUCGUGUUGUUGCGCAACGUUGUGCAUUUCGUUAACCAUUUUAAUCAGUUUCCUUUUUCUCUGUCGAGAAGUUUGUUUCACUGGAGCUCUGUCUCAACUGCCAAAUGGUUGCACAUCCACGUUUGUUAGUGAGUUGGCAGCACGCUAGUUGGCUGUCACUGGCCAGUGCUAGACUGACGCCAGGCUCUCCAUACGGGUUGAAGGGCAAUGAUACUCCAUUCCGGCUGCACGCAAUGUCACGGUAUUAGCUCGGGAGGAGUUUGUUUACCGUCGAUCAACUCGGGUGAACUCACUCUUGGUUGGGUGCAGUUCGAUCGAAGAGGCUAAGUUCACGGCUGGGUCUUACGAGCUAGAAUGCCUUUGUGAAACCGACAAUAUUGAACGGGCAAAAUCUUGGAAUGACUUCGCAUUGAUUCAAUUGGACUGAUUUUGCGCGAUGAACUACGUUGAAUCAGCACAGUUCGUUACCAUGAAGAGCUUGUCACAGCGCUGACCCAUAUGGGUUGAAGGUUAGAUGGUAGUUGCAUGCGUGUGGUGCAUCCCAAGUGGAACUUGGGCACCUCUUUUGGUGCAGUGUGUGUCUGGGCGAACCCAGACCCGUGACGGUACGUGUGGCUAGCCUUAGAAACGUCUUCCAUGGCUUACAACGCUUAGGGAUGUCUAGGGGUCGCGGCAAUACCUUAGGACUUACGACAAUACCUUAGGGGGUCGUAUGUAGGACAAUACCUUAGGGUGUCGUAUGUAGAGUUCACGAACUGUUUGGUGUUUAAUUCUUGGUUGUCUUGGCAAUAUAUGUCCAAAUGAAAA